ACGGCGUUUCCCCUGCUUCUGACUUACCUGUUUAAUCGGUCAGGUGUUACUCGUGUCUGUCGUAACAGUAAUGAAUGCUGCGAAGAGGGUUUAAGGAAAUGAAUUGAUACGCGGAAAAGAAUAACCCAAAACAACACUUAAAACAGUUUGAAAAGAGUUUUAAAAGGGAACAGUCUCCGGUUUAACUUAUCCGGUGGCGUCAGAAGGGAUACGAGAAGCGACGAGGACUUUAAUCUCAUCACUUGUUUACUGUACCUGUCGCCAACAGCGUGAACAGAUAACGAAAGAGAAAGAUUCAGACGACAGACAACUAUAUAUAUUUUUUGCCUCUGUAACUGUAUAUUUUUAAUAAGUCGUUGGCUGUGAGGAUUUACGCCUUUAAUUUAUUCCCUAUCAAUAAUAUGGAUUAUUAAGAAUGAGGCGUCCCAUCUUCCGAGACGCAUUUAGGAAACUCUAAAGUUAACUUUGCUGCUUCCGUGUGGAUUGCCUCCCUGGAGGAGUGCCAGCUGUGCAUUGACAAAGUUUUAUUCUGCUGGUAACCAGACGGAAAAUCUUAACUUCAUACAUAUGGAUAUGGAAGUAAAUAUAUCUGACAGAAGUUUAAGUUCUCAGCUAUCUUUAAAUUCAAAUGGAAGAGAGAUUACAAAUGCAACACUCCUGCGCUCUGGAAACUCCACUAUUGAUGGGCAAACACUUUUCCUGAACACCCCUUUAGCUCAAGGACUUUCAGGGGUGUUUGUAUGGUCAGCUCUACUUCUCACAUGCCACCAGAUUUAUAAGCAUCUUCGUUUUUAUACAACUCCAAAUGAACAGCGUUACAUCAUUAGAAUUCUUUUUAUUGUCCCAGUGUAUGCCUUUGAUUCAUGGCUGAGCUUAUUGUUUAUCAGCAAUGACCAAUACUAUGUUUACUUUGAUUCUAUACGGGAUUGCUAUGAAGCAUUUGUAAUUUAUAACUUCCUUAGUUUGUCCUUUGAGUACCUUGGAGGAGAAAGUGCUAUUAUGUCUGAAAUCAGAGGUAAACCUAUCAACUCUAGCUGUUUAUAUGGAACCUGCUGUCUGGGGGGAAUGACUUACUCAAUUGGAUUUCUACGUUUUUGUAAACAGGCUACUCUACAGUUUUGUGUUGUAAAACCCAUAAUGGCUGUGUUAACCAUCAUAUUGCAAGCAUUUGGUAAAUACCACGAUGGAGACUUUAAUGUAAAAAGUGGUUACCUUUACAUUAGCAUCAUCUAUAACUUCUCAGUUAGCCUGGCGCUGUAUGCUCUUUUUUUGUUUUACUUUGCAACCAGUGAUCUUCUUCGUCCUUUUGAACCUAUUUUGAAAUUUUUGACAAUUAAAUCAGUUAUAUUUUUGUCCUUCUGGCAAGGUAUGCUACUUGCACUACUUGAAAUGUGUGGAGUCAUCCCUGAGGCAUUAUUAAUAGAUGACCAUCACGUGGGAGCAGGAACAGUGGCAGCAGGAUGGCAAAACUUUAUUAUCUGCAUUGAAAUGUUUUUUGCUGCAAUUGCACUCAGAUAUGCAUUUACAUAUGAAGUCUACCAAAACACAAAGAUUGAAUCUCCAGGUAACAGUGCUCCAAUGCAGAGUAUCUCCUGUGGCUUGAAGGAAACCAUGAACCCCAACGACAUAGUACAAGAUGCUAUUCACAAUUUUUCUCCAGCCUAUCAGCAGUAUACUCAGCAGUCUACACAAGAAGUGACAACCACAAAGCAGAAUGGCAAGUUGGAAGAACAUGGUCCAGUGAACUGGAACAAACGACCAAAGAAAAACGAGAAACUUACACUUAUCAGUUCAGAUGAUGAGCUGUAGCCCUUAAUAACAUGCCUUUUUUUCUUUCGUAACAGUUAAGGCCAUUUACUGUUGUCAUAUUUUGGAAUUGUUUGUAAUGUCAUUUCCUCACCUUCAAGAUGAAGUUACCCAGAAAUCAUGUAUGAAGUAAUGAAACAAAGAAUAUGAAUUCUAAAUUUGCAAGCUGAAGACAAUACUUUUUCUGGGUUAUUUUUCUUCUCAUUUUGUUGUUUCCUGUGUCCCAGUCCCUUUCUAUUUGUACUUAUGGUUUUAUGAUUUAAAUGAGAUGGAUCUGUUUUCUCUUGAUCUCUGAGGUGAAGCAGAUGUUUUGCAUUAUGAUUUCUUUGUUUCUACAGAGAAAAUAGCAGACAAUGUAUUGGAAAAUGACUUUAGUUGUCAUAUACAGAAUGCUCAUUUUGAAAAUCUGAUAUAAGGAUGUCAAGUAAUAUAGUUUGUCACUAUAAUACAAAAUGAAUAGGCCAUGUUUUAAAGUGCAUUAAGACAAAAUGUAUGCUCUAAAAAAUAACAGUGUUUAUUAACAAGAUUUUUUGUAAAAAAAAAAAAAAAAAAAAACACUAUACUUGUGUAUAACCAGAAACGUUUUUAAAAAGUUCACUUAAGUUUUAAAUUGCCAGUGGAGCUUAGGGUAGCAGCUGCACCUGCACUAUUAAAAAAAAAAAAAAAAACUUUGUAAGUAGUGGUUAAGAAGAAUGAGUCCUUAGGUAACAGAGACUUAUAAAUUAAUAAUCAGCUGAAAAUGAAUAAAUCAGUGGUAUGAAAACUGCAACAUAUUUUACCUAUAUACUGUAUAUGUAUAUAAAAGUCAUUUUGUGUAUAUAGAUGGCAAUGCUGUCUUACCUUUUAAGCUUAUUAAAUCACAGUGGUGUUUCUGAUCCCUUUACAUAUGUACCACUGUAUAUAAUAAUUGGAAGCAUAUCAAUUGUGUUUAUUGUGAGCGUUGCCAUUGUUUGUAUGUAAACAUAUUAAGUAUGCAUAAUUAUAAUUUUACAUUUUUAAUAGUGGUUUUCAAACAGUGAUGCUUACUUUUUUAUUUUUAUUGCACUUACCAGAUAACUGUAUUACAUCAAAAGACUGCUUAAAUUAUAAAUGCUGUGGUAAAAUAUUUACAUGAAUAAUUCAGUUAGGAUACAAGUGAAUGAGAGUUUCAUGGUUUCAACGAUAAUUCCAAAUGUAACUGAAUAUAUUUGGAGUGAUUAUAGUAUUACUGUGGUUAGCAGAUACUAAAAUUUUGGUUGAAGUGUACACACCUGUAAUAGUAAUACAUUUUAUUUUAUAAGAAGCUAGGCUUUUGGAUAAAAGAGUAAUUCAUUUGUGUUUAAUCUUGUUAAUACCACAGUGAACUGAAAUGAAAAGUUUAUGCAUUUAAAUAAGUUUGUGUGUAUUUUAAUAUUUGUAGAUAUUCUAUAAAUAUGGGGGAAAAAUGGUUAAAAGUUCAUUUCAGACUAAAAAAAUAGAAACAUUUUAGGUGGCAAAAAACAGUAAUAUAAACCUGGUCACAAGGUGACCAACUAACUUUUUUUACCUUGAGCCUUGGUAUACUGUAAUUAGAAAUUUACAGCUACAUUGUAGUCUUUUGUUCUUUUAACCUCUUUUGCUUUGUUAUGCCAUCUCACUUUUGUAUCUUAACUGCUUACUUUACAUGAGGAGCAUUCUUAGUUCUUAAAAAGGGAAUUUUAAGGAAGCCCUGUUCUAAGCCCUCUGUAUAAUUAGAUUGUACUUCGUAGUCUGCUUAUGACAAGAACAACAGACAGGGGAAAACACAUUUAGAACUUUCUUUUAACUUUCUUUUAUGCAAUACUGGCUUCAUUCAUGUAAGGAAUAUUCCUUACACAUAAAAUGUUACAUUGCAAAACAAGCAAACUAUGUUGUAUGUAUCAAGAAAAGUAGCAAACUCAGGCAGUGCAGAAAACUAUUUAAACCACAGUUCAAUGUUGAGGCAGAGACAUUUGAAUUCGAACAGGAGAAAUAUGAAGAAAAAUAAAAGGGGGGGGGGGAUAAAAGAUCCAACCCUCAACCACACAGUGGCAACUGUAUUGUCCUCUCAUUUUUUUUUUAUGCACAGGAUUUAUUUUAUAGAAGUUCUGUUUUUCUUUACUUGCCUUAGUCAUAUUAUCCUAGAUUUGGGGUCACAUACAGUAUGCAUGCUUUAUAUUUAACUGCUUAGACUUGCAUUGUUAUUUUUCACUCUUUUUUCUUUAAUUUUUGCUCAUAUUUUGUCUCUUGUUUUACCCUUAGCACUACCAUAUUUCUCAUUGUUGACAUACAGAACAAUUCUUAUAUCAGUAUUCGAUUUUUGUAUUGUAUAUCUGGAACACAGAUCAUUAUACUAUUUUUUUUUAUCACUGUUGCUAGUGAAAGGCAUAUCAGAGCAACCAAAUGUAGUAUUUUUUCUGGUGUGUCACUCCUGAAAAUACUGAUGUUUUAUAUCUGGUAAAAUACCUUAAUUAUUGUAGUUCAAAUAGUUGUAGAUUUCAGUGCAGACAAGAAGCCUUAAUAGUAAUAGAACAGAGAAUCACUAUUCUCUGUUGGCAUACCAGCCACCUCAUUGUAAAGAAUUUACAGGGAAAAUGUGUAGCAGCUAUGUAAAAUUAAUUCUUAAAUAUAUCUUUGAAGCAUGUGGUUUUUUUUGCAACAGUCAAAAUUUCCAAGGAAAACUUAGAGGUAUAUAUUAGACAAUUACCUGACUUCACCUGGGAAAUUUCCUAAGACAUAGUGGGCAUCGUUUAUAGUACUGCUAAUUGAAUG